AUGAGGGAAGCAGGGCUGAUACUGGUGGCCUCAUUCUUGGGGUCUGCAUUCUCAGAAGAACUCUUGAAAGUCAAGCUGGUUAGUGGGAAAAAUCGUUGCACUGGGAGGCUGGAGGUGGAACAAGAUGGAGAAUGGGCGACUGUGUGCGAUUAUAACUGGAGCCGACUUAACUCUAAGGUGGUGUGCAGACAGCUGAAUUGUGGGGCACCCAAAUUCAUUAUGCCCUGUGGCCGCCAAAAAAAAGGAGUCGGCGACAUCUGGAAACAUGAGGUGAAAUGCAGUGGGGACGAGCAGUCUCUGUCUGAAUGCCCAGCGUCCCCUGCUAUUCAACAAGUCUGUGUCCACAAGAACGAUGUCUGGGUGAAUUGCAGAGAACCCUUUGAGGUCAGACUUGUGGAUGGGCCCAGCAGAUGCACUGGAAGGUUGGAGGUCUAUCACGAUGGCCAGUGGGGCAGUGUAUGUGACGACCACUGGGACGACAGAGACGCCAAUGUUACCUGUAGUCAGAUAAGAUGUGGACCCUGCCAGCCAUACAAGCGGAGGAGGAAGAGGUUUGGUCAGUCGCAUGGAAAAAUCUGGCUUGAUGAUGUCGAGUGCAAUGGAGAUGAAACAUCACUGGAGAAAUGCAAGCACAGAGUGUGGUCCUACCAUGACUGUACCCAUCAGGAGGACGUGAGUGUGUACUGCACAGGAUGAAGAAAAAAAUAAGACUUAUUACGUACACUGGAAAUAUCUUACACUUCCAAUACAACAAUUUUCUUU